ACCUGACCAAGUCGAUCGGGUUCUUUUUCUUCUUCCCCGAUCUUCUUCCCAGCUGAGAGCAGUCUGCAAGUGCUCGGGGCAGAAGACUAUUUGAUCGACUCCGACUUUAAAACUAGAGCGCCCCAAAAUGCUCUCCCGAUUGGCGUCCAGGGCAGCGCUGCAAUGUCAGCCAAUGCUGAGUCGCCCACUGGUUGUCAGUGUGCAGAUGGCAUCAUCUGCACCUGCCCCUGCCAAGCCGAACCCAGCUAUCCCUAAGCUUGAGGAUCUUGAGGAUCCCAUUGACAAGGCUCCGAUUGUUCCUGCUUUGAACAAAGAAGGACCUGAACGUGAUCUUGUUAACUUCCCGAGGCCAGUGCAGAAGGAGCACCCUGAUCCUGUUCGCCUAGCAUUCAUUCCUGAGGAAUAUUUUGAAUUCUUCUACAAGAAAACUGGUGUUUCUGGUCCUUAUAUGUUUGGCAUUGGUAUUUGGACAUGGCUGCUGAGCAAAGAGAUCUACGUUCUGGAGCACAACUUCUACAACGGUCUCUCCAUGUUGUUGAUUAUUUCCAUCAUCCACAACAAAAUGGGUCCCCAGAUUGCAGCAUGGGCUGAUAAGCAAAUUGAUCAAUGGUCCAAGGAUACCAAGGAAGCUGAGGAUCAGGAAAAGGUGGACAUCAAGGGAACUAUUGCUGACAUUAAUGAUUACAACAGCAAGCUGGAUGUCUACAAGGACAUCAUGAAUGCUCGCCGUGAGGCUGCUGCAGCUGCUCAGGAAGCACUCUACCGAGAGUGGCAGGUCACUGCUUACCAAGAGGCUAAGAAGAGGUUGGACUACCAGGUCGACCUUGCUACUGUUGAACGACGCAUUGCCCAGAAGAACAUGUCCUCAUGGAUCACUAACAAUGUCCUGAAAUCCAUCACUCCUGCUCAGGAAGCUGAGGCGCUCAAGAAGUGCAUUAGUGACUUGAAAUCUCUUUCCGCUUCUGCUUAGUGGGGCUUUCUUUAGUAGUCAGCGGGGAGUCUUUUGAUAAUGCUGCAAUAAUUCAAUUAU